AUGGCAUCGCACACACAUUUGCAGGAGGAGUUGGCGCAGUCAUCGGAGAAGAUCAGUGUGAACACCCAACACGGGACGAUCCGAGGACGCAGAGCAGCAAACGGAGCCGCCGUCUUUCUUGAGGUUCCAUAUGCGCUACCACCCAAGAGAUUCGCCGACCCCGUUCCGCUGCCAACCUACUACAAGUACGAAAACAAGGAGUACAUCCUUGAGAGUAAACAUUGCGCACAGCCGAAGAACGACGGCCAGGCGGCAAGUGUGCCUUACGAGGACAAAGUAGGCUUGGGAGAACCCAGCGAAGAUCCGCUGUUCGUAAAUAUCGUCGCACCAUCCUCAUUCCCUGAGAAGACGGGUUUCCCCGUCAAAGUAUACAUUCACGGCGGUUUUCUCCAGUUCGGUUCCCCACACGGGCUCAGCGCGCAAGCGCAAUCUGUCUCUGCGGAACGCGACGAAGUCUGGGUGAACAUUGGGUACAGACUCUCCGCCUUCGGAUUCCUUGCAUGCGACAAGCCCGAGGUCCUAGGCAACUUCGGCUUUAAGGACCAAUGGCUCGGCCUCCAGUGGAUUCAAAAAAACAUCCAGGCUUUCGGAGGAGACCCUAACAAUGUGACAUUGACCGGAUUGUCUGCCGGAGCACACUCCGUCCAUCAGAUCUUGCAUCACACAUCGCGUCUUCCAGAAGGCGUGUCGGCCCCAUUCCAUCGCGCAAUCUUGCAAUCGAACGCAAUCGCAACGACUCCGAAGACCACAUCCGAGUUGCGUGCCCAGUACGCCGCGUUGUGCGGGGCGCUCGACCUCGAUCCGACGUCCCCUGCCUCCCUUGACGCUCUCCGGGACACGACCUCAGUCCCCUUCGCCAAGCUCACCCACCUCAUCGAGACCGACGCGGUGGGAACCGAGUACGGCACCUACCGCGGGGCCUGGGAGCCCGUGUGGCUCGGACCCGAGGACACGAUGGACUGGCAGCGCUCCGGGGGACUCGCGCGCGGUCUGCGCGCCCACGGCGUGCGGAGCGUCGUCAUCGGGGACCUCUCUGAGGAAUGGUACCUGUACUCGAUCGCCCACCCAGUGUCGACCCUGGCCGACGUCGAGCGCAACCUCGAGCGGUACUAUCACACGGACGUCGUCAAGAAGAUGCUCAAGAUCUACCUCGCAGAGAAGGGCGAGCCCGCGACCCCGGAAGAGGCCGCGCGGGCGUUUGGCGAGGUGCUGAGCGAGGGGCAGGUGCACCUCCCGGUGCGGCUGUUCGCGCGCGACAUGCUCGCGGCCGGGUUCCCGGUGGUGCGUUACGAGAUCCGGUGGACGCCAGAGCAGCUCCGCCCGCUCGGUUAUGUGACGCACGCGACGGACCGCGCGUUCUGGGCGCUCAAGACGGAGUGGAUGACACCGGAGCAGACGGCGGUCGCGCGCGCGUUCCUGGACGCGGUCGACGAGCACAUCGUGACUGCGGAGGAGGGUCAGCCCAUGGGCCUCAAGACGAUCCUUGCGCUCACGGAGGACAAGAGAGUCGUGGAGGAGGAGGACAUGAAGUGGGAUCAGAUGACGCGCAUGCGGACGACGCUGCCUGGAGAGUAUUGA